AUACUUGGAAAUAUAAUGACUCAUAUAAGAGAACACCACUCAAAGAAAAAAUGGCAUCUCCACUUUGGAAUCCACUAUACUUUGUUUUUCUACUUUCAUCUUUUCCAUUCCUUCAAAAUUUCCAGGUUUUUCCUUCUUAUCAUAACACAUUUUCCCCUUAUCUCAAGUCUUUGACAAGAAAAUGGGAGCAUUAAUCUGUUGCAUGAGUGAACAAAAUGAAGAAAAGAGCUUGGAAAGGAAUCUCGAAAAGAAAAUAUCUGAGAUAAGAAGAAAUAAAUUUGGACAAAGCAAAUUGAAAUCAAUUGAUACUAUAGUUAUGCUGUUCCCUAUGUUCAAGGAGAGACUAAAAACAUUAAGAGCAAUGUUUCAACAAUAUGAUGAGGACUCUAAUGGAUCCAUAGAGCCAAAUGAACUGAAAACUUUCUUAGAAGAUUUGGAACUUCAUCUACAAGAGAUUGAGAUUGAGAAUAUUUUUCAGUACUGUGAUAUUGAUGGAAGCAAAGGGAUUCAGUUCAAUGAGUUUAUUGUUCUUCUAUGUCUCAUUCAUAUCCUAACCGAACCUUUAUCCUCCGAUGAUACACCAAAGGCGGAGUUAGCACAGGUAGGAGAAGUUUUUGAUGCCAUAGUUGAAAUAUUUCUGUUUUUCGAUAAAAAUGGUGAUGGGAAGUUUAACAAGAAGGACAUGAUGAGGACAAUGAAUGAGACUAACCCUAAAGAAAGAUCUCCUGCACAUAUCACCAAAAACAGAUUCAGAGAAAUGGACUGGGACAAGAACGGACAAGUCACAUUUCGGGAAUUUCUCUUCGGAUUCAUUAAUUGGGUUGGAAUCGAUGUUGAUGAAUAGAUGCAUGAAAAGAAAAGAAGUUACACUGAUCAUGACAGUGCUCAAGAAAAAAGAUGUAUUGUAGAAACAGAACACUUUCCUAGUGAAUGUAUAUAAAUUGAGUCAUGAUUCAAAACAAAUUCCAUUCUGAUGGUCAUUCUCAUCAAGCAAAUUCGUAGGCAUUGUAAUUGCAUCGUCGAUAUUCUUGUUUUCUUGUGCCGAAAGCUUUAAA